AUGGCCGCCAAAAAUCAUGAUGAUAACACGGUCGGGUGGAUCUGCGCUUUACCACUGGAGAUGGCAGCCGCGCAAGUGCUUCUAGAUGAAGUCCAUGAAGACUUGCCUGUGCAGGCGAACGACGAUAAUGCCUACACUCUUGGAGCAUCGGAAAACACAAUGUUGUGA